AGUUCAGAGGCGUGCCUGUGCGCAAAGGAGGAUACCGUUGCCAUGAAAAGAUUAAUAAGAAGAAUCAUAACGCCUGUCUGCAUGCCGCAACGACGUUCUUUGUUUUGUAGAAACAACCGCAGUGUGUUCUUCUACUAUUGGGGUUCUUUUUUUGAGGUGUACCGGCAUUCCUACUACGAUUCGCACAGCCAACAAGAAAGGAAAAAUAUGGUUUCGAACGUUCAUCAGAUACUCAUACACACUUAUUUAUAGCCAACAUCAAUUGCACAGCUGAUCAGCCAUACAGAAGGAGACUGCGCCGCGCCUUUCGUGCGUUUUCCUCGCGGUGCUUCCUCGAGAUCGAAUCGUUGAGUCCGCAGACGUUGUGCUGUCCACUUCGGACGCAUCAGACAUAGGCCAAGAAGAAGAACUCCUGUUUUGUUUUACCUCCAAACAGUGUUUGCGUCGCGUCGCCUUCCCUGAAAACCUCCAUUCACCCUGCUAUUGUGGUCUUGGUUUUUCUUUUUCUUUUUCUUUUUUCUGUCUUUGCAGCAAAUUCGGUCUGCACGCACACACGCACCGAUACACCUUUUGCCCACACGUCAAUGAGCCACGGUCGAGCAUUUCUUCUCUCCAGCUUCGUGCACGACGACGAGGCGGACACAGAGGACGCGCACAACAAACGUCGCCAAGACACCCGAACAGCGGCACCUCCCUUCCAAACAGCCGACGACCGCAAUGAAAGCGGACGCGAUGAUGACGACGACGACUACGAUGCGGACAGCAUUAGCGAUGAACAUGACGGCUACGGACCUGUAGAAGUGUUCUACGACCAACACGCGGGGAUGUCGGCGUGGGAAACGAAUCGGAAAAACAGAAGCCAGGAUGAACCAGCUACCGCCCCUGCGGCAUCAGUCUUCAGAGACGGCCACACGACAGCACCAAACAUGUCCAUCACUGAAGGGAACAAACAGGAAGAGCAGCAGAAGACGACGAGCAAAACGGCGUGUGACGAUCGCGACUGCCAAGCCGGCGAUCCCCUUCGCCAAAGUGACGCGCCCACCCCGCACCAACGAAGAAGCACCAAACGAGCAGCGCUGCGGCAAUACGUCGGCUUCGUCAACACCGCCGUCGCGACGAUGGACCACGCCGUGAGCGUACCCGCUGCGCUGCGUGGCGCUGGGCGACGGACGAUGUUUGACGUUCUCGUGGAAGUAGCACAGCGCCGCAAGGAGAAAUUGAAGGAGGGAGAAGGUAAGGCAGCGCAGGUGGAUGCUACUACGCGAGUCAGCAGCCGUUCUACGAACGUCUCAUCCGCGCCAGGAGGCUCCGCCGCGGCGACGUCGCUGUCCGCCGUCCGGUCGGCGCGUGACGCGACCUAUCGGAUGCUUUUCCCAGCGGCAGCGACGGCGGCGGCGGUGGCUUCGGCGGCGGUGGGUGGAAAUGGACGCCCCUUCGAGAGUUCCACUUCUCCCUCGCACCUGCAGACCUCAGCCUUGAAGCGGCACGAUCGCGCAUCUGCCGGUCAUCAGCGUCAGCAGCAGCAGCAGCAUGAGCUUCCCGUAAUGCAUAGCACCCCCAAUCUUCCUCCCGGCGGUGGCAGCAGCGUGAGUCACACCACCCUCGCCACAACUGCAGGCAGCUCGCCGAUGGAGUGCAUACAUGACGCAAGGCCUCACGUUGACCCUGCGCUGACGUCGUCAACGACUGGAUCUGCGACUUCGCUUUAUCCAGUGGGAGAAGGCGGCGCGCAGAGAACUUCAAGCGCGUCCGCAGCAGCGACACCACCUCAAAGCGGCCCUGAUCGCCGCCUCCGUCAUCUCCUCCCCGCCCACCUGCACGGUGCUGUCUCCGCACAGAAGAAAGGCGAUGGUCCGUCCGCUAAAGUAGGCAGUCGAGCGCUGCGCAAAGGUGGGGAAGAGCAAGCACGCGAGAACAGCGAAGACGACGAUUCGGCUUCGGACAUUUCAAGUGUGUCCAGUGGCGAGCAGCCGCCACGCCGUGCGGCGCAGCGUGUUGCGGUGCGUCCAGCAUCAGAAGAAGAUGCCUGUCUCCGUGACUUCCUUGACGGUGGUGGUGGUGGUGGUGGUAAGCGAGAAACUGGGCUGAAUUUGUCGCUCUCCACACGGGCGUCGAUGAAAGGCAAAGCAACCUCGAAGGAAGAAACAACGUGGUUGCAGCGCCUAGAGGAAACAGUAGAAUCUACCCGCCAGCGAGCUGCGGCAGAUCAGAGUCUUUUGGAGGAGGUGUUGAUGGGUCACCGGGCGCGGCGACCUGCAAGUCCAGAAGAGCAGUUGCCUCGUGGUCACCGCCGUCCACGUGACCGCGCCACAGGAGCUGUACAGGUAGGUGACGACGGUGCCGGCAGCAUGACGGCGGCCUCUACGUGUUCUACUUCCAGGAGCCGCAGCAGCGGCAGCAAGAGCCGGAGUCAAUCCAGCUCGGCUCGAAGCACCUCCUUCCUGUCUGACGAUUUAAUGCGAGACAUCGACGACGAUGUACCGCAGUGGGUGCUGCAGCGCGAGGCGCGUCAGCAGCGGCAGCGCCAGCCGCAGUACGAACUGGAUCUUCGUGGUCCGCGUGCUGGUGUGGCAGAGCGGUCGAGCGCUGUCCUUGAGCAGGAGCGCGUGGAAGUGCUGCAGUCCUUCAUUGGCAAGCCCACCACUUUCUGUCCCUCCUGCGCCGCCUCGCGAAGACCACCGAAUAGAAAAAACUCAAAUCCACCACCAACAGCAGCGGCGUUGCACUCCACUUCGAAUGCGCCUUCGCGAUUUCAAUGUUACACGUCAGCCGGUACGACGGCGAGCAGCUUCUUUGCUUCAGCAGCGCAGGCGACAGGGUCUUUGUUUCUCGCCAGCUGGAAAGAAGGCAAGCGACUGUGCAAGCACAAUCCAACGGCGACGUCGGUGGUGGCGUACCUGAGCGACUGCUUUGACCGCUGGAAGCCUUAUGGACUUCAGCUGCAGCAGCACACCCAUGACCGCGACUCGUUGCCUACUGGGGCGUCGACAGGGGAUGAAAACAGCGGCGACGGAGACGUGUCCAUCUCGAGCGCUGACGACGCACCAGUCCUGCCAUACACAAGCAAGACACACAGAGGCGUCCACGCUGGCGAGGGCAACUAUACGGGGAAAGCGGCCGCCACCGCCUUGGACGCGAAACGGAAAGAGUGCGGGGUGGAAUUGAAGAUUCGCGUGCAGUACAUCGAAGCAGCCUUUAACGUGGCGGUGGUGCAUGGUACCUUAGUGUGGUGCAGCGAGCACGCUCGUCAACGUCUUCGUAUGUCGCCAAUCAGUGGAGCGGCUGCUGCCAGUGAAGGUGCCAUCUGCACCGUGGACGAGGAAGACAACAGACAUACUUUAUUGAGACCGCUUCAAGCGGCGCCGCUCCCUUCCUCCGCUUUUUCGGACGUCGGAGACCUUCCGUGGACCUUCCUCUUUCCCGAGCCUGCGCUGAUGCAGAUUCAGGCGCUGGUGGGGGAGCACCUUUACAUCGCGCAUCCCUACCACGUUUACUCAAGCCAGCGCAUUGUCCUGGCAAGCUACAACUUCACCACAGACGCCGUUGUGCGGCAGCAAGAAGCGCAGUUCGCACUGGAGCUGGAAGAGCGUCUGCGGGUCGUGUCGAAGCGCAGCGAAGGAGGGAACUGCUACGCCCUUCCUGCCCACCACGGCGAGGUGGCCGAUCUGGACUCACGGCGUCAUCGCGGUAUGAGUCCCGUGCGAACCUCCGCACACCCUGCGCUGUACCAGUCCGAGCGCAGCCCAACGCACCUCUGCAGGCCGUCCCACGCAGGGACGGCAACAGCAGCAGCGACAACGGUAGCCGAUCGCUCGCCACAUCGGCUGGUGUACGAAAUCCCAGGUCGCUCCAGCACUCCACAGCGGCCUGCAUCGGCACAAAUCCAGUCAUCGCCGGAUGCUUCUCUUGCGAUUCCUGCUCCUUCUGAUUCUUUCACGAUCGACGCGGAGGCACAUACGCCAGAACGCACGCCAAAGACGCUGCACGUGGUGGACGCGUCUCCUGCUCCACACCCACCUUUCCACGAACAAAGUCAGCAGCGCCAGCAGCGUCCGGGCAGCCUGGCAACAACAGCAGCGGUGCAACAUGAGAAAGGGAAUGCUGAUGGCACGGGCCCUUAUGCUGCUGCUGAGUACGCGCACCCGCCUGAAUGCACCGCUGCCUCUCUUCACAAGAACCACAACGAGAGCUAUCGUCCUUGGCAUUCUGUGGACCCCGCGACAUCUGCGGCACCGCUGCCUUCCUUCGUCCGCACAAGCACCACCGUCAGCCCAAGCGUGAAUUCGCUCGCAGCGGACGGCUUCUACGACCCGCUGGCCAUGCCUUCGUUUCACGCCACCACCACCACUGCUUCUGCUGUAGCGGCGGCGGUUGCUGCAGCAUCGAUGCACGGAGAUGGAGGUGUGACGAUGGUGCUGACCGGCAACUCCGCUGACGCAUACGGCGAGGACAGUCGCAUGGUGCAUCGUUACUCGAGAGCCGCUGCGCCGUCAGAUCUCGUGGAGACGUCCUCACCGUACGUUGCAGGUGCGACGGCGACGGCAAACGCGCUGAAGCCGCCACCGCCUUUUCGGCCCUUCGCUGGUGCCCCAGCAGACGUGGAUGAGCACGCGCGUCUGCAGCCUUUCGUCAACGCAGCGGGAACGGGAAUGACGGGCGAGCCUGUGCGGACCUUUGGUGGUGGCGAUACCGCCGUAGAGGACAGAGUCGGGCACGGCUUUCCACGUGGUCCGCCGCUAGACUGGGACGUGCCGGUCGAAGUGCUGUUUGCGUUGAGUGGGUUGGCGAGCCAGCGUGCGUCGAAAGCGCUGACCGAACCGCGACCUUCACAGGGAGCGCAGCCAGCAACCGCCACGGUGCAUACAUUUGGCUCACAACGAUGCCGCGAUGCAGAAGGGUUGCAGGAGACACCGCCUCGCAAACGCGCACGCGCACGCGAGGACGUGAGGUUGGCGGAAGACGAGCGGGACGCACUGCCAGUCGUUAGCCGCGCUCACGAGGCGUGUUCUAUCCCACCGACUCCUGCACUUCCGAAAGGGGAAUGUCACGAAGUGAUGAGUGAUGGUGGUUGUGGUCGCACGCUGAUGGACGUCUCCUGCUCGCUCCCUACGCCGCUGCCAUCCGAGGUUGAGAAGCCGCUCGAACCGGUGUCACCCGCACGGUCUGAAGAUUCGCUUUCAUGCUCCAUUUCCUCUCCUUCCGAUCUCAGCGACGACCCUGCUGAUCACGGCAAGGACCGUGCACCUUCUCCCAGAAAUGCAGGAGUCCUCACGGAACGUCAUCGCUUUCGGCCUUCGAGCGCGGCCGCACCCCCGCCUGGACGCAGUUUGCCUCGCAGAGGUGGUGGCGGUGGGACUCCACGGUCGUUGCGUCAGCAGCGGACAGAAAUGGCAGGUACACAGGUCGCCUCACGCAGUGGUGCACCCAUGCACGGUGUAGCCCGCUACCCUGUCGAAUCGGAAGUGACCGCGGGAGAAGCCGUGCACCGUCAAGUUUACGCGUACGCAUCACAAGUGCAGGCUUCCCCUCCUCCAGGUGCUACCAGCACUCUUUUCUCUGGGGAAUUUGGAGCGUUGGGGCAGCCGCGUGAGGCCGAUGCAGAAGCCACAGCGGCAACUACCGCUCCGACGACCGGCUUCUACGCAUUCAACGAUGUCGUCUUGAGCGACUCCGACGAAUGA